AUGUGUGCGUUGCUUGUGAAGUGCUCUGGUGAAUGUGGUGUUUAUUGUGUGUUUAUCAGUGCAACGUAUUUCACGCUGCGAACUGAGAUAUUUAUGGUGCGCGCGCGUCCAUGCCCGCGCGCCCGCCGCUCGCAGCGCUCCGCCUCCGUCGCCGCGACUUCUUUUUGUUUAUUUUAUUUUUUUUCCUUCGUCGCCGACGGCCAGCGCUCUGCUCUGGGCGCCCUGAUUCUGUGCGCGCAGCGCCGAUAUCGCGUGAGUGGUUUGAGGUUUGAAACAAAUUGGACGAUCUGUGUUGGAAAAUUUACUUCUGUGAACUUUUUGAUAAAAUAUAUUACAAUUUGUAAAAUUACUUUUAAUUCUCUUACAACUACGUGUAUUUGUGUAAAAUACUAG